AGUAGGGGCGUUAGAGAGAAGCUGCGCGGGCGGGGCUGCUCUUCUCCUCACCCUUCGCCGGAGCCGUGCCGCUGGAGGGUUCUCCAGUCGAGGGGGCUUUAUCCGGGUCUUUUGUCUCUGUCGGGCGUCUCUGUCGAUCAAUCAACGGCGGCUUGCAGUGCAGCAGAAGAGUUUUUCAAAGGUUGAUCGGUUCUAGCCUCUUGUAUGGGCUCCUGGGGCAAAUGAUCGCAAAGCUGCUGCAGCCGCUGCAAAGGAGACGCGGUGGGCUUUGCAGGCGAGAGAGCGCGAACGCGGCUGCUGCCGUCGUCUGCUUUGGAAUAACUCAGGUGGAAAUCAACAUGAAGCUUUCGUAAGAGAACUUUGUGCGGAUCUUACGAUGAUGCAUGUUGUCAUGAUAUUGCUGCCAGCUCCACCAUUCUUCAGCUUUUGUUAGCCAUUUUUAUAUAUUUGCAGACUCUACUGCUGAAUAAUCAGGAAUGGAAAUGAGCUAGAAGGAGAAGUGAAAAUAUUUUUCUGUAUUUGUGACCUGAAUACCCAAGGCUGCAAAAUGAAUGAAAGUGGCAAAUCAGCCGAGAAGAACACAGAGGAAGAGACAAAAGAUUAUAAAGACUUUGCUGAGAGCUUUAACCAGCUUGAAUUGUUGGAAACCCACAGGCAUCUAAUCCCCACAGGAACACAGAGUCUUUGGUCUGGAGAUUCUGAUGAGGAAGAUCAGGAAGAAAAAACAGAGGAAUGGUACCAAAUUCAAGAGAAAAAGUUAGAAAACAACCCAGACAAGCUUCUGCUUUGGGCAGCUGAAAAAAAUAGGCUUAACACAGUACAAAGACUCCUAUCUCAAAAUCUUGCUCCAGUAAAUGUCCAAGAUGAAGACCAAUAUACCCCUCUGCACCGUGCUGCCUAUAGCGGACACUUGGAAGUUGUACGAGAGCUGAUUGCCUAUGGCGCAGAUGUACAUGCCUUGACUGUAGAUAGCUGGACCCCACUGCACAGCGCUUGCAAGUGGAACAACACAAAAAUAGCCUCGUUCUUGCUUCAGCAUGGUGCGGAUAUCAAUGCUCAGACCAAUGGCUUGCUGACCCCCCUGCACCUUGCAGCAGGAAACAGGGAGAGCAAGGAAACUCUUGAACUCUUGCUUAUGAAUCGCUAUUUGAAGCCAAAUCUCAAAAAUAACUUGGACGAAACGGCCUAUGAUAUUGCUCAGAGAACUGAUAUAUAUCACUACCUGUUUGAAAUUGUGGAAAAUUGCACAAAUUCUGUGGCAGAUUCUUAGGAAUUGUAAAACAUUUGAAUGUUGAACACAGCUCCUUGAUAAGAAGUACUUUGUAAUUGCACUCAAAUUUGGUGCUUUCAACCCUACUUCUUGGCAUAGCUUUACUGUAUGAGAUGCUGAAAUGAAGUCUCAUUUUGUUACAAUGUCAUUAUUUUUAUAAUGUAAACUACAUUAUCCUUAUACUUGUGAAACAUUCCACUUUUACUUGAAAAAGGUUGGAGGUAUCCUAAGUAUCACAUGGCAUGACUAUUCUCAUACAUUAUUCUCAUAUCCAAAAACUAGCGCAAGCAACAUUGUUUUAAACAGUGGCUGGUUAUUGUCUUUUUCAAAAUGUUAGAGAAUCAAUGAGAGCUAAUUGGUGACUGACAGACAUGCUUGAAUAGAAAGAAACAUUGGAGACAUACUGCCAGAACUUGCAGCCUUCAGCCAGUAUUGAGGUUAGCAGCUGCCUCUCAGCCAUGGAUAAUGACAUCUUCUCAGCUGUUAAAAACAUGCUACCCAGAAAUCAAUAGUGUAAUUUAAUAGAUUUCAAAGGCCUCUUCCAGUGUCUGGUGCAAUAUGAUAUACCUGUCUAGAAUGACCUGUCUACUUCAAAACAUAAUGUCUUGUGCUCUCUCCUUUUGCUUUCUGAAGUGACAACCUAAAUGCCUACAUUAGGAAAUGUUAUGCUGGGAGUAUAACUUAUUAGAUGGAUCUAUAAGCGGGAUUCUGGAUCCUUGCCAGAGCCUGUUCAUAGAGUUCUUGAAAAGAUUCCUUGUAUACUGCUGCUAUGUGUAGGUCUUUGACAGUGCUGGCUUUUUCAAAUGUAAUUCAGACAACACAGCUGAAGUGGUCCAAAGAUGCAGGUACUGUGAGAUCUCACGGCUUGUUUGAUACUGCUUUAGUUUGUAUGUACUCACCUUCCCCUUUUUUAUGUUCUCAUAUAUGAGAAUGACACUUGAAAACCCUGUGGUGUUACUCAUUAAUACUAUGUAGUCUGAAGUCAUAUGUGUUAAGUUACCAGUCCUGAAGAUUCUUAGAGCUGGUUCACGUGAAACUUCAAUAAGACAUGAGCUUAAAAGAAAAGUGUAUGCAAUCUGUAUUGUCAAAAGGAUUUAUAUCCACUUUCCCCACCUUGAUGCCUUCCAGACAUUUUGCACUACAACUCCCAAAAUUCUUGGCCAUGCUGGCUGGGUCUGAUGUGAGUUAAAGUCCAAAAUAACUAUAGGACACCAGAGCAAGUAAGGCUAAAUUGUUUAUGCAUCUACAGACUGUUGCUUGUAUGUGUUUGUACAAGCUAAGUGGAAUACAAACUCAUAAGAGUUAUUUGUAUGUAUGGCAUGAAUUUGUAAUGUAAGAAAUAUAUGAAACACGUCUGUUUAUAUACAAAGAUAUGUGGAGAAUGUGCUUAGUAUGAAAAGUACCAUGUACUCUGCUGCAACUCAAAUAUAUAUGCUUUUUGCUACUUGUCCUGUGUGAACCAGCUCUAAGUUAAAAGUAAAUUUCAGUGAAAUGGGACUUGGAUGUGGCUUGUGGAUGUGUGAUGUUCCACAUUACUGUAAACAUAGAAUCAGUUUUCUUAUUCAUUGUUACUCUGGUGUAAAAGUGGCUUGAAGGCUGCAACAAUUCAAAAUGAUAAACUGAAGCCCACAUAACUCUAUAGUGGGCAAGUGGCCUUAAGUCCUUAAUAUUGGAUUCUAAUUAUUACUUACAUGCAUGAAAGUCCUCUUGAAGUCAGUGGAACUUUCUGCAAGGGAUUACAAUGUGGUCCAUAACCUAUUUGUGUUGACAUACUUAAGGUUAUUAGUAUGUGAUCCUGUUUAUCAGCAGACAUUGCUUCUCUCAGAUAUGUUGCUUAUGAGCAUGCUAGUCUUGCAAAAAUCAGUAACAUAGUUUUCCUGAUGUAUACUUUUUUAGAAAGUAAGAGUAAUUGAAACUGAUGGUAUUUAAUGAACUGUCUAGCAUAAGGCUGCACAUCUGUUUCUUUAAGCACAUUUCUAAAUGUUUCAGGGUUUGACAUCUAAGUUAUUUUAAUAUUAGUGUACUGACUCAAGAGGCUUGCAGAUCAUGCCUUAAGGUUUCACUACAAUUGAAAACCACUUUGAAACCUGUUUAACUGUUACAGUUCCCCAAAGGAAUACUGAGAAUUGUAAGUUUGUAGAAUAUAGAGGCUUAUUCAGAAAAAGAUGGUUUCUUAGGACUACAAUUCCCAAAAAUCCUUGAAUAGUGAGCAGGUUUGAAUCUAUUUUAAAUAUGUAGGAUAGAUGGAAACUUUGUAGUAUUGUCUUCAAAUAGCAAAGAUCUACUGUAACAGAAAGCUGUAAAGCACUAGUGCAUUGUGAGGAGAGAACUGCAGUAUUUAUUAUUGUAUAUAAUGACAAAUACAGAUACUGUCAAAGAUGCUAAUCACUUUAAAGUUUUUUUAUAUUUGUGAAAUACUUGCUGACUUUUGAAAACUGCAUGAAAAAUGAAAGUGAAUGUAACAGCUUAUACAGGUAACACUUGAAAUAAAGCAUUUUGUAAUUCU